AUGGAUUUAAAAAGGGUGAAUGUUAACAACGGAAUUUUUACGCGAACUAGAAAAUCCUUUAUUACUAAAAAUAAGAACCAUAAUAAUUGCUAUCCAAAUUAUUUAUGUAGAGCUGAAAAAAAAUAUAAAAAAAAAAGUACUAAGAAUGUUGUAUCUUUUGGAUUUAUGAAUGUAUUCUUUUUAUAUCUAUUAUAUCUUUUAUUAGAAAAUGAAUACACAUUUGAAGACACAAUAAAAUCAGAAUUCCAAUUAAGUAAUAGAAUCUCAAGGAAAUUAGGUUUUUCUAAAACAUUUUCUGAAAAUGGUAAAAAUAAUAAAUAUUUACGGGAAAAAAACACAUAUGAUAAUUUAGAUGAUAUAAAAUAUAAUACACAUAAUAGUAAAGUGAACCAUUCCAAUAAUGUGUCCCAAGGUAUGUUUCAACCUUCUGAAGUUUUGGACAUAAUUAAAAAGCAAGUUAAAGAUAAAAAUGAGAAAAAAGCCAUUCUUAAAAAUGGAAGCAUAAAUAGCAACAAAAAUAGUGAUAUAAAUAAGAACCUAAGUAGUGUUAUAUAUACAAAUACAAAUACAGUUACACAUGAACAAGAACACAGAGAUCAAAAUAUACAUCAAAAUAACUAUCAAAAUAAGAACCCAACUAUUACACAAUCAUAUAAACAAGGACCUCAAAAUAUAAAUCAAAAUGUAAAUCAAAAUAGCAAUCAAAAUAAGAACCAAAAUAAUGUUAUAAAUACAAAUAUAAAUACAGUUACACAAGCAUAUAAACAAGGACCUCAAAAUAUAAAUCAAAAUGUAAAUCAAAAUAGCAAUCAAAAUAAGAACCCAAAUAAUGUUAUAAAUACAAAUAUAAAUACAGUUACACAAGCAUAUAAACAAGGACCUCAAAAUAUAAAUCAAAAUGUAAAUCAAAAUAGCAAUCAAAAUAAGAACCCAAAUAAUGUUAUAAAUACAAAUAUAAAUACAGUUACACAAGCAUAUAAACAAGGACCUCAAAAUAUAAAUCAAAAUAACCCAAAUAAUGUUAUAAAUACAAAUAUAAAUACAGUUACACAAGCAUAUAAACAAGGACCUCAAAAUAUAAAUCAAAAUGUAAAUCAAAAUAUCAAUCAAAAUAAGAACCAAAAUAAUGUUAUAAAUACAAAUAUAAAUACAGUUACACAAGCAUAUAAACAAGGACCUCAAAAUAUAAAUCAAAAUGUAAAUCAAAAUAGCAAUCAAAAUAUCAAUCAAAAUAAGAACCAAAAUAAUGUUAUAAAUACAAAUAUAAAUACAGUUACACAAGCUUAUAAACAUAGACCUCAAAAUAUAAAUCAAAAUGUAAAUCAAAAUAGCAAUCAAAAUAAGAACCAAAAUAAUGUUAUAAAUACAAAUAUAAAUACAGUUACACAAGCAUAUAAACAAGGACCUCAAAAUAUAAAUCAAAAUGUAAAUCAAAAUAGCAAUCAAAAUAAGAACCAAAAUAAUGUUAUAAAUACAAAUAUAAAUACAGAUACACAAGCACAUAAACAUAGACCUCAAAAUAUAAAUCAAAAUGUAAGUCAAAAUAGCAAUCAAAAUAAGAACCAAAAUAAUGUUAUAAAUACAAAUAUAAAUACAGUUACACAAGCAUAUAAACAAGGACCUCAAAAUAUAAAUCAAAAUGUAAAUCAAAAUAACGAUCAAAAUAAAAACUCAAAUAAUGUUAUAAAUACAAAUAUAAAUAAAGAUUCAUAUGGAGAUCAACACUUAGACCAAAACAUGAACCCAAAUAGUGAUAUUACUACUGAUACAAAUAAAGAUAUACAUGCAGAUGAACAUUUAGAUCAGAAUUCCGAUAAAGAUAUGGACUCAAACAGUAAUAUAGAUAUAAACGAAAAUACAGUUACACAAGGAGAUGAACAUUUAGAUCAAACUAACGAUAAAGAUAUGGACUCAAACAGUAAUACAGAUAUAAACGAAAAUACAGUUACACAAGGAGAUGGACAUUUAGAUCAGAAUUCCGAUAAAGAUAGGGAUUCCAAUAAAGAUAUAAAUACAUGUGAAAAUACAGUUACACAAGGAGAUGAACAUUUAGAUCAAACUAACGAUAAAGAUAUGGACUCAAACAGUAAUACAGAUAUAAACGAAAAUACAGUUACACAAGGAGAUGGACAUUUAGAUCAGAAUUCCGAUAAAGAUAGGGAUUCCAAUAAAGAUAUAAAUACAUGUGAAAAUACAGUUACACUAGGAGACGAACAUUUAGAUCAAACUAACGAUAAAGAUAUGGACUCAAACAGUAAUACAGAUAUAAACGAAAAUACAGUUACACAAGGAGAUGGACAUUUAGAUCAGAAUUCCGAUAAAGAUAGGGAUUCCAAUAAAGAUAUAAAUACAUGUGAAAAUACAGUUACACUAGGAGACGAACAUUUAGAUCAAACUAACGAUAAAGAUAUGGACUCAAACAGUAAUAUAGAUAUAAACGAAAAUACAGUUACACAAGGAGAUGGACAUUUAGAUCAAACUAACGAUAAAGAUAUGAACUCAAACAGUAAUAUAGAUAUAAACGAAAAUACAGUUACACAAGGAGAUGGACAUUUAGAUCAGAAUUCCGAUAAAGAUAGGGAUUCCAAUAAAGAUAUAAAUACAUGUGAAAAUACAGUUACACUAGGAGACGAACAUUUAGAUCAAACUAACGAUAAAGAUAUGGAUCAAAACAGUGAUAUAAAUACAGAUAAAAAUAAAGAUACACAUGAACAUGAUCAUGGAGAUGAAAAUGGAAAUGAGCAUGGAGAUGAAAAUGGAAAUGAGCAUGGAAAUGAAAAUGGAAAUGAGCAUGGAAAUGAAAAUGGAAAUGAGCAUGGAAAUGAAAAUGGAAAUGAGCAUGGAGAUGAGCAUGCAAAUGAGCAUGGAGAUGAGCAUGCAAAUGAGCAUGGAGAUGAAAAUGGAAAUGAGCAUGGAAAUGAAAAUGGAAAUGAGCAUGGAGAUGAGCAUGCAAAUGAGCAUGAAAAUGAAAAUGGAAAUGAGCAUGAAAAUGAAAAUGGAAAUGAGCAUGGAGAUGAGCAUGCAAAUGAGCAUGGAGAUGAAAAUGGAAAUGAGCAUGGAGAUGAGAAUGCAAAUGAUGAUGGCGAUGAUCACAAAUAUACUCAUAGCACAGUACCUUCCAACACAAAUAUUCCUCCGUCUAGUGAAAAAGAUGCAGUUAUUACUGCUGAUUUACAAUAUGACACUAAUGCUACCGAAGGUCAAAUAGGAGAAAUGAUUAAUAAUUUAGGUGAUAUAAUAAGCUUUAAUGAUAUGUUUGUUAUAUUUAAUCUAGUGAAUAAUAACGAAAAAAGAAAAUAUAUCAAUAUGCAAUUACUCAUUGUCAAAUAUUGCGAAAAAGCAGCAAAUACUUAUGGGAUACCACGUUAUUAUGUAGUUAAGCAGUGGAGCAAAUCCUAUCGCAGUAUGACACAGGAAUUAUUGAACAACGAACUAACGUCUUAUAAUAAAUUAUGCUAUUUCCUUCAAAUGGGAAACAGUUCUCAUGUAGCAUUUGUUGAAUUUUUAAAUGAACUAAUAACAUUAUGGGGAAACUUUACAGAAGACAUGAAAAAAUACUGGAUAAAUUAUAUAACCUUGAAGUUCAAAAAAUUCAGUAAAUCUAAAAAGUUCAAGAAUCUGGGAAUGUCAAAGAAUAAGCUAUAA